GACAUUGAGAUCAUUCAGAGCAGCCUGAAGAAAGAACCAGAACAACUCCCAGGCAGUCUCUGGGACGCUCUCAGAAAGUUCCAUCUUGUAAGAACCCCACAAGAACAGCAACGUUACCUUCUGCAGAAUGCAGCACCAGCAGAAGAUAUUAGAACCACAUUUGCUACUACAGUUCAACGAGGUCUUCGUGCAGCCUUUGCAUUGGACUCGAGAACACGAACGCUAAACUUAGAGUUCAAACGCGGAGACAAAACAGAUCUCAGUUUGCUCUAUGUAAAUGGUUUUCUAACGAUGAACGAUAAAUGGCUUGAUUUUCAGCGCAGCCAUGGUCGCAACAAAUGCCCCCUCGCGAGCGAACACAAGCCGGGACAAUCUUGGGAUGAUUAUUUCGAAUGCGACCACAUUGUAACGGAUCUAUACAGAGAGGUACUGGAGGAAAUUAAGCGUCAUCCAGAACUGGUUGAAGACGAAGUGGCUGCAGUUGACGAUUCGUUGCAUCUGAAGGUCUGCGGGAGUCUCCGCCACAUGCCAAUCAUGAUUACCACAGAACAAAUGUCCGAUCCGGGAGCUAUCGAAGUCAAGUGGUUUGACCUAGAUCAUGAUGUUUUCAAGGUAAAUGGCGUGGAUCCUCUAUGCCGGGUGGUAUUGCAUCGAGAGAGUACAUGUUCUGCCAGACGGGACGAACUCCUCUACAAAGCUACUCUAACGGAACAUCUUUGGACAGAUGAGCCUCUCAGCACGUUACCUACAGAGGACACUUGUGGCUGUCACAUUGAACGUGUUCCUCGAUUGAAAUCAAAAGUUGUGUUCAGCGG